AUGCUCAUCGUUGCAUGUGUCCAGCCUUUUGAUUCGCCUCUUGCAGCUUACCACUGCCUCCAAGAGAGCCGAGAAAGCUACAGCAUGGUCCUUGGCUCUGGUCUUCAAAACGUUAUGUAUGGGUCUUCUGCCCCUCAACGCGAAGGGAUCAAAUCCAAGCUGGCGUCUUGCUGCGCGCCAACCGAUGCACCGGAAAUUGUUAUUGACCGAGUUAUCAAAGAGUGCAACACAUUUCUUGAGAACGUUGCUAAGAGUAUCAGAUUCGAGGAUGCUGAGAUGUUCUGCUACUAG